UAGGUUGUAACUAAUUCAUUUUAACUACUUAUAUUACCGUUAUUGAUCGGCUUCCGAUGAUGGAGAAAGGUUGCGGGAGAAGGCGUGGAGUUAAAUGUCGGCGUUAAAGAAACGUAGUAACUCCUUAGCCGGCCUAACUCUAGACGCUGUUCUUGGACCACCAGCACCACCAUCAUCAUCUCCACCGUCGCCACCGCCUUUACCGCAAAAAUCUCUUGUACCGCACCAAACAGCAACAACAACAACGACCCAAACACUUUUCGACAUCAUACGCGACGAGUACAUCAAGGAAGGGCAAAAAGACCGGACCACGUGGCAGAUUUUCCGCGAGAAGCUCCGUCUCAAACGAACCGGUUCCGCUUGGACCACGUCUCUCCAUAUCCCCGCCUCGGAUAUCCUCAUCCCUGUUCCCAAACACCUCGGAGGAGCAGCGUUCCGACCAAACUCCACCACACCCAUGUCGGAUCCACCCGGACGCGGGGCGUUCACUCGCGGGCCAUCGAUGCGGGUCGGGUCGGGUAAAAACCACGACGACUUCGCCGACGCGAGCCUCCCCGGAGACGGACCGCCGGCGAGGAGCUUCAAGCCGCAGUUUUCGCGGCACGAUUCCGUCAGAGAGCACGGCGACGGAGACGACGACAGGAUACGCCGUCACCCGGUGGUCAAGUUCGUCGACGAGAGGCAGAUGUCGGCGAGGGAAGCCGUCGCGGCGCAGGAAGCGGCGGAAGCGGAAGCCGCAGCGGCGGGGAGCGACGACGACGACGGCGAGGAGGAGGAGGAGGAAGACAGCGAGGAGGAAGGAACUGAGGAGAAAGCGGACGCCCCGCAGCAGCCGAAGCAGACGAUGUCGCUGAUGGAUCUUUUGGAGGAGACGGAUAGGCAGAUGGGGUUAACCGGAGCGAGCUACGCCAUGGACGACGAAGAAGAAGACGAGUACGAAGAAGAGGAGGAAGAGGAGGAAGAAGAUGGUGGCGGAGAAGGAGAGGUGAAUUGCUGCGUUUGUCAGGUGAACAUCAGAGGCGCGACUUUCACGCCUUGUGGUCACACGUUUUGUAAGCUCUGUUCUAAAGAGCUUAUGGCUCAGAAAGGUCAUUGUCCUGUUUGCAGCAGCUUCGUCCUCGAGUUCCUUGAGAUCUUCUAAGUACUAACAACUUUUUAAAAAACUUUAUUUUCCCUCCUUUUUUUAAUAGAAAUAUAACUUUUUAUUAUUUUUUGGAGAAAUUUUAAUAUUUGUUACAUUCAAUAUUCAAUGGUACACACACAACAACAACACAAA